AACUCCAGCCUCUUCCUCCGGAUGACUUCCUGUCUCCGCAGGCAUUAGACAGGCCUGAAGUUGGCUCGCCGGGCAGCAGGGCAGUUCCGUAGCUUUAAACACAAGCGAAGUAAAAGAGCAAAACACAAGCGACGAAGCCGGUCGUACGCGCCGACUUUAAGUAGACUUAAUAUUAUUUGUUCGCCUAGGUGGCUGUACAUUUUUGCGGAAAGGCGGGUUAACCUUAGUGCUAACAAACAAAAGCGGCCUAGAUUAGCUUAGCCUAGCAUACUUAAGCGUCGCCCACUAGUCCUCGCGAGUCCCGCUUCUGUUAGCCGCGCGCGACUCUUCUGUCUUCGGGUCACUCGGACAGCCGUCCGACUUGCUAGCCAGGCUGACAGGUGGUUUUCAAUAGUAAUUAUAUUAAUAUUAAUAAGGAUAAUACAAGGUGUGGAAUUUUGGGACCCGCCGGCAGAAAGCUAGCUGUGCAUUCCGGUUUGUGUUGUCGCCCAGUGCGUUUUUUUCCCCGUGCGAUUAACCGUUAUGCAUUUUCACAAGUGUUAGCAGGACCGCUUACCUGACAGCUAGAAUAGGUUGGCUAUUUUUGGAGAUAUUACGCUUGCUGAGCAAAUUAUCUCAUUAUGUGUGUAUUUUACCCAGAAACGCCCAGCCAUGAUACUGUCGCGGCUCGUAUUUAAGGGGGGGGUUUGAGUCUGGUUAGCCGUCUUGCUCUUGUAACCUUCCCGCGGUUCAGAUCUAUGUCUGCAAGUUGUCCACUGUCGUCGACACGGGUUCCACGGGAAAUGGUAAGACGGUUUUUAACUGGUUGGUUACUUAUCCCGUCGCCAGACAGGUGUAAACCAGCACGACUGUGGUUAUAUUUGCGUAACCCGGGAGGAGGCAGCGCUACCCGGCUUAAUACUAGUCUCUGCUAGCUAGCGGUUUACCUGUCAUGAACUAGACUCAGCUAGUUCGCUAACUUCCCUCUGACACCCUAACCUGUCACGAUCACUUUGCAGCCGGUCUCACGGUCUUUGCGCUGUUUAAACUAUUUUAUUUGCAUAGCGCCUCGGUUAAGUGUUAUAUAUAUUAUAUAUACAUUGUAUCCAUCGAUUACGGUUUUGGGUAGGUACGCUGAGUGAAGCCAGGUCACUAAGAUGACACGGCAGCCGGAUGACUAACCAGAUAGUUAGCACGCCGGCUGUCAGUAUGCACUCGCCGCCUGGACAGAGCAGCCCUAACCCCACGCCUCCACCUCCCCUGCUGGAAAAUUUCAAGUUGCUUCUUCGCCUCGCCGUUAAAUGUAUGCUUCCGCGUUCAAGUCCCAUUUCCACGAGCGGGCAGUUAAUAUCCCAUUGACCGUGCUAAACAUUCCCAUGAGCUCAUGGAGAAGAAGGCCUUUGAGGGGUGGCUGGAGACCGUCUCCGCCUCCUUUCUCACGCUGACGGACCAGCAGAAGAACCAAUCAUUGGACCACUUGAUCAGCCUGAGUGGGGCAGCGCAGCUACGGCACCUGUCCAACAGCCUGGAGACUCUCCUGAAGCGUGACUUCCUCCGGCUGCUGCCGCUGGAGCUUACCUUCUACCUGUUACGCUGGCUGGACCCCAAGACCCUGCUCACCUGCUGCCUGGUGUGCAAGCAGUGGAACAAGGUGAUCAGUGCCUGCACUGAGGUGUGGCAGGGCGCAUGCCGCGAGCUGGGCUGGCAGAUCGACGACUCCAUCCAGGAUGCCACCUACUGGAAGAGGGUCUACAUGAAGGCCAAGCUGAGGAUGAAGCAGCUGCGAGACCAGGAGGCAUUCGAGACAUCAUCCCUGAUUGGUCACAGUGCACGGGUCUAUGCCCUGUACUACAAGGAUGGCCUCCUUUGCACAGGCUCUGACGACCUCUCUGCAAAGCUUUGGGAUGUUUGCACCGGACAGUGCAUCUAUGGCAUCCAGACACACACGUGUGCAGUGGUGAAGUUCGACGAGCAGAAGCUGGUGACAGGGUCCUUUGACAACACCAUUGCCUGCUGGGAGUGGAGCUCAGGGGCCAAGAUCCAGCAUUUCCGUGGCCAUACUGGUGCUGUGUUCAGUAUAGACUACAACGACGAUCUGGAUACCCUGGUCAGCGGCUCCGCAGACUUCACCGUGAAGGUCUGGUCCUUAUCAGCAGGGAUGUGUCUCAACACCCUUACUGGCCACACUGAGUGGGUGACCAAGGUUGUCUUGCAAAAAAGCCAGGUGGAGUCACUCAUGCAUAGUCCUGGUGACUAUAUUUUACUAAGUGCAGAUAAAUACGAAAUUAAGGUCUGGCCUAUAGGCCGAGAGAUCAACUGCAAGUGCUUGAAGACCUUGUCUGUCUCAGAGGACCGGAGCGUGUGCUUGCAGCCUCGGCUCCAAUUCGAUGGUAAACACAUCGUGUGCAGCUCCGACCUGGGCCUGUACCAGUGGGACUUUGCCAGCUAUGAAAUUCUCAGGGUCAUCAAAACACAGGACUGUGCAAACUUGUCUUUGCUCAGCUUAGGGGAAGUUUUCGCCCUUCUGUUUGACAACCACUACUUGUACGUCAUGGACCUGAGGACAGAGGGCAUCAUGGGUCGCUGGCCUCUUCCUGCAUACAGGAAGUCAAAGCGCGGCUCCAGCUUCCUUCCUGGCGUUACCUCCUGGCUGAAUGGUCUCGAUGGGAAGAACGAUUCGGGCCUGGUGUUUGCUACAAGCAUGCCUGAUCAUAGCAUUCAUUUGGUACUGUGGAAGGAAAAUGGAUAGACAGGCACGCCAGAGAUUGCGGUGUGGGGGACAUGCGUGACGCGACCAUCCAGUCGGUGCGACUCAUGAGAAACGUGGAGGUGCAUGGAACGGAACAACACUGGCAAUCACACACAUGCACCAGACGUUGUUCCCUUUUACAGGAAGCAUAUCCAACAUGGCAGACACCCAGCUAUGUCUGUGCAGCAGGAUGAAAGCAUCUUUCCAGGACACACUAUAGUACUGCAUUUUGCUGUUGUGACCGGACUGUUUGUUUGUUCGUUUGUUUGUUUUUAAUAGUCCGUUAAUUUACUCACAGAGUGCCAUGUGUAUUUAAACAAAUAUGGGCAAAUGGUUUUCUUGUGAGAAGUUUAAAAAAAAAUGUACAGUAUGUUUAUAAAUAUUGGUAAUAGUCGCAUGUUCUUCAGUUUCUUCUGCCACGGUGCUCGGGAAACUAGAGAUAUCACAAAAAUGUAAUAUUGACCGAAUUAUAAUAAUUCACUACGUCUUACUGUAAUUUUAAUUAUUUCUGCACAUUGUUUUCCCGGGAGACACCAAACCUUUGUGUUUAAGUUACCGUUGAAAGAAGAAAGAAUAUUUUGUGGAAAAAAGUCGACCGGAAGGGAUGUGGUUUUGUUUUUUGCAGAUGUUCGAAUGGAAAGAAAGUGCUGCUUCCUGUACAAAUGAGAUUUGCUUUUUAAAGGUUGGCUUGCUUUCUUUUGAUUUUUACAAUUCAGUAUAAACAAUUUUUUUAAUCUAUGCAGCAUAUAGAAUUUUAGUUAAUUUCAUACUGAAUGCAGUUAUUAACCAGAAAGAAGCAGGAAGGUAUGUUGGGUAUCGCUGUCCAUCACUGGCAGAAGCAAAUUUAGGGUGUGCGCAGUGUUGCGUAGUUACACUCCCCAACCCACGCAGCCUGAAUUUGAGCAGGGUGGUGCCUGUAAAGUUCCAACCGCCAGUGAAUCCACGGCUUUACAUCUACGACAUAUCCAAAACGUUGCCAGAUUUAGUGUCUGUCUAUAAAUGGUUGUUAAUUGAUGUGUGUCUACAAAUGCAGGAGUGGCAGGCUUAAUGUAAUGUGACCAUCUACUGCCUGCGUACUUGACUGGUUACGAAUGGUCAUUGUAAUCUGUCGAUGACAUACUGUAUGUGGGCUGCAUAUCCAAUAACAGUGGCAUUGCUCACGGUAAUGGAUAAUACUAAUGAACAGAAAUUUCAUUUCUUUUUUACUCUUCAGCAGUCACGUAGGGUGAUAUGAUGGACGAACACUGCUGGGUAAUCUCAACCCACUAGAUGAAAUUUAUUUGUGAUUAUUUGUAAUAAUACAGUUAAUACUAAUGCGCCUUAAAAAUAAUAAUGCAUGGCACUGCAUGUAACAGUGUAACUGCUUUCAUUUUGAAGAAUAUUUUUAUUAGCGGAGUGGCAUGGUGGUGCAGUGGUUAGCACUGUUGCCUCACACCUCUGGGACCCGGGUUCGAGUCUCCGCCUGGGUCACAUGUGUGGAGUUUGCAUGUUCUCCCCAUGUCGUCGUGGGGUUUCCUCCAGGUACUCCGGUUUCCCCCCACAGUUCAAAAACAUGCUGAGGCUAAUUGGACUUGCUAAAUUGCCCGUAGGUGUGCAUGUGUGAGUGACUGGUGUGUGAGUGUGCCCUGCGAUGGGCUGGCCCCCCAUCCUGGGUUGUUCCCUGCCUCGUGCCCAUUGCUUCCGGGAUAGGCUCUGGACCCCCCACGACCCAGUAGGAUAAGCGGUUUGGAAAAUGGAUGGAUGGAUGGAUAGGCCCAUUGAAGUUCAGUGUGUGUGUGUGUGUGUGUGUGUGUGUGUGUGUGUGUGUGUGUGUGUGUGUGUGUGUGUAUAUAUAUAUAUAUAUAUAUACACACACAACACACUCUAUAUAUAUUAAAGUGCCCAGCAUAAAUGAGUACACCCCUUUUGAAAAUACAAUUUUUUAUCCAUUUCUGUGAACACCAGAACAAUUAGCAGAUUAACAAAACUGAGUUUUAUUCAACUUGUUUCAUUAACAACAUAAAAACGAUCACCAGCAUCAUUAGGAUAAGAAAAUAAACUAUAUUCAAAGGAAGCAUUGAAAAAACAAAUACACCCUGCAAGAAAUUCUACCAAAUCUAA